AUGGCCGAACUCACCCUUGGUGUCAUUGGGGUUCUUCCCCUCGUCGCCGCGGUCUUUAAAGGCUACCAGCAAGUCACCACUUUUGUGUCCAACUAUAAAUCCUACGAUGAGGACUCGCAGCAGGCAAUGCGUAGGGUCAUCGUUCUCGAAUCGGUCCUGAAGCAGAACCUAGAACUCUUUCUUAGGAGCCUUGUCGAGAGGAAGGUACGCCGUGCAAUGUUGGACGACCUCAAUAGCACGCAGUGGAAUGAGAAGGACCUCAAUGCCCGCCUCGAGGAAAAGUUAGGCGAGUACGUCGAACCGGUCAAGAGCGCCAUCCAAAACUGUUCACGCACACUAGACAGGAUCCACAAGUCACAGCUCCUCUCGCAAACAAAGCUGGCAGAAGCGGGAGAACCAGUUCCCCCACCAAUACCGGCAGGGGCCCCCAUGAGGAAGCGGACUCGCGCACUCCAGUCCGUCCUCUCGACUAUGCCAUGCAUUGGCCCACGCACCGAGCACCCGUCCCCACUCGAGCGAUUUUCGAGCCUCGUCAAAGGGCUUGUUGAAGAGGUUCAGAGUCUCUGCCGAGAACUCCGGGAUUAUAUCACUGACCUAGAAUCGAUCUUCAACCUAAUCAAGAUAUCACUGCGCCCUGGCAGCGCGGAAGACGAACACGUAUCACGUCCUGCGACCUCCGCCUCGGACAUAGCGAAAGCGCGCCGGAAUACAGAGUUCGUCCAUGCAGCUGGUGUCCGGCUCCACAAAGCUAUCUCCAAUGCACUGAUAUGUCAGUGCCACACUGUACAUCUAUGUCUCGACGGGCAGAUUGGCAGCUCGUCCCCGGUGGUCGUCGAUCGGAAGGGGAAAUCAAAGCAGUUACAAACCCCAGCUGAUGAAAUACUGGCCCAGUUCUCGUUCCUAUUUACGCACGGGAGCGGGCAAUCUAUUAGACAGGGAACCGCACUGGUCUGUUUCCAACCCGACGGCAGCGGCGGUGCGGUGGCUGCCUCUCUGCCAGGUAGGAGCGGGCACGCCAACAUCUGCACGGAGGUAGCGGGGGCGGGUGAGGGCUACGAGCGGUACUUGCACGAUACCAGCGGCGGCUUUCGUCUUCGGCUAGCCCCAUCGUUACCGCACAAACUCGGAGGUGGCGGCAGUGGCGGCUAUAUCUCACUUCAGCAGGUCAUCACGACGCGUCCCAGUGAGUUGACAGUUCACGACCGCUUGUUGAUGACGGUAUCUCUUGCUCAAUCGCUGCUUCAUCUGUACUGCUCCUCAUGGAUACGAGACUGGGGCAUCGGAACGAUACACUACUUCACGGCGCAAGAUGACGCGGAAUUCGGGCGGUGGACGCCAUAUCUAGUACUGCGGUCAGGUGACAGCGAUAUAGGUGAUCGCAAUCGUGAUGUCUAUAGGCUAGGGUAUCUUUUGCUCCAGCUGGGAGGAUUGUGUGUGGAUGAGCUUCAGGUGGCAGCGGGCGCGCCGGAGCUCGGCAUGGAGAAAGCAAUCACGAGGGUUUACCGGUCGAUGGGCAGAAAUUAUGUGACAUUCGUGAAGAGCUGCUUAAAUGUUUGGGGUCAGAAUAGAGGACUGGAUCUGAUGCGGGGAGAGAACCUGGGAACCUAUUUGGGGCACUUAGUGCAGUUGAGGAGAGAUGCGAUGUCCCUGUUAGAGGGGGCUUGA